AUGGCCAAUGCACUGCACUGUGAAGAUGAUGCUGAAUCUCUUACUGUUGAUAUUCACCUGGCGGAGGGCCCCUUCAAGCUAUACAAUGUGUACAGCAAGCCAGGUUGUAGGAUCUUAGAUGUCAGCCAGAAUGCUUUGGCCUACUGUCUUAGAUGCAAUGAAAAUGUGGAAGUUCUUGAAGCCAGACUUAUCAAUGUCUUAAAUAAAACAGUUGCACAGAUCAUACCUAAAACUCGGCCUUGGUCCAGGAGGCAAAGAACCCCUGACAACCUAGCGCUCCUAAAGGGAGUUGUCAGGGGUGACAAGGAAAAUGCCAAAAUAGUCAGGCAGAAAAGUAGCUGGAAUGGUGUGAGUCCCUUGACCACCGAACCACCCUUACAGAAUUGUGGCAACAGUUCAGACAAGCUAACAACCGCUCAGCCCCGAGGUGCACACACCACGACCCUCAAUCAGGGGCAAAUAGACUGGAGCAUGAGUUCUCUGCAAGAACAAGCAACAGACUGGCAGUCUGGUGUCUUGGAGAACCCCUCUGCUCAUCCUCCCGAAGGAAUUUUCCAGAUGACAACAGACCCAGAAAAGGCUCCAGAAACACCACAAGUCCUUACUAUUGCAUUUAACAAAGGUAUACCAUGUAGUGUGAUAGUUGCUGGGGAUGCCACACUAGUAAAAGAUCCACUGGAAAUUUUCUGUGUGUGCAAUUCAGUAGGAGCUAAACAUGGAGUUGGAAGAAUUGAUAUUGUGGAAAACAGAUUUGUUGGCCUAAAGUCAAGAGGGAUAUAUGAGACCCCAGGCUUGACAAUACUCCGAGCUGCUCAUCUGGACCUUGAGGCUCUGUGCAUUGACCGUGAAGUGAGGAAAAUAAAAGCAUAUCUUAGCACUCGUAUGUCUGAAAUGGUUUACAAUGGGUUGUGGUAUAGCCCUGAGUUUGAGUACACAAAGGACUGCAUUAGCCAAUCCCAGAAGCAGGUUACUGGCAGUGUUACUGUGAAGGUUUACAAGGGCAAUGUGUACGUGUUGGGCAGGAGUGCUCCAGUGUCCCUGUACAAUCAAGAGUUGGUUUCUAUGGAUGUCCAGGGAGACUAUGAGCCAGGGGAUGCCCAUGGCUUUAUCAAAAUCAAUGCAGUUCGUCUCCGAGAAUAUGAGAGAGUAAAGCAGAUUGCCAAGAGUAACUAAGAAGAAAGAGGAAUCGGUGUGUUGUAUCUUUAUGUGAUUCACUGUAGGUCAAGUCAGAAGAAAAUAUGCUAGAGACUAAUUGUACAGUGUAAGCAAUGGAAGAUUAACACAGUAAAUGGGUAUUUUCAAUUGGAUUGUCUGAUUUUUGUUGUUUGCUUCAUGCAAUUAAAUUAUUGUCAGAAAGGUUAGAAUUAUGGGCUGAAAGGGGAUAAAUAGAAAGAGCUGUAGUAUUCAGCAAUGAUCAGCAUUGAAACUAUGAUUUGUGCCAAAUAACUAUAUCAAUCAAUACUGUACAAAUUCCAGAUUCUAAUGUAUUUUUUAUAUAUGCAACAGAAUUUAAGAAUCAGAUGCAAAAGUAAUUUUUGUUCUGGUCUGAGGUUAAUAAAAUAGAAUUUGUAGUUUUUUCCUCAUUCCCCUAUUAUUCCAGUUCAACAGUUUGAAACUGAGGUAAGGUGGCAUUGUAAAAUAAGGCUUAGAUAAGUGGAUUUAGAGUAUAUUGUGACUUCAGAAAGUUUAUAAAGGGGCACUGCUCUCCCUUGAUUAUGUUGUGCAAAAAGUAUUAAAUUUUAAACAUUUUUGUUUGUGAACAUUAUUAAACUACUUGAUUAUUCAGAAACUACAAUCUGACUUUUGUAAAUUGUGUGCAUCAGUAAUAGAAAUGUAAAAUAUAAAGAUA